AUGUGCAUCGUAUUAAUGACCACGGCGCAUCCCGAUUAUGCCCUUGUGGCAAUCGACAACCGGGAUGAGUACAUCCUCCGUCCAACCAGCCGACCGCAUUGGUGGACGGCCCGGCCCGAGGUCGAGUCCCGGGUCCCGAACGGAGGAACCACGAACGGCACCAACGGGAAGGGCAGCACCAAUGGCAACGGUAGCACCAAUGGAUUAGGAAAGGGGAGCCCGGCUGGGGAAGUCGAAAUUCUGUCUAGCCGGGACCUCCAAAGAGCGGCACGAGGAACAUGGCUGGGCAUCACCAAGGACGGGAACUUCGCCAUCUUGACCAACUACCGCGAGGCGAUCACUGACGUCGCGGCACACCCCGUAUGUGGUGUCCGUAGCCGCGGGAGCAUGGUGACGGCCUGGCUCAGGGCAGACCCGGCCGAGACGACCGAGCACUUUGUUCACCGGAUGCUGGCCGGCAACGGCGUGAAGGGCGUCGGCGGUUUCUCCCUGAUAUGCGGCAAACUGCGCAAGGCACAAGAAGAGAAGAACAUCGACCCCCUGUCCAUCAUAUCAAACCGCUGCGAUCACGCCGGACAGGUUCCUUGGAUCUGCGGCCAGCGGGGGUCUGUUUAUGGGCUCAGCAAUGCCAUCUAUGUCGAUCAAAACGGCGGAUUUGACGAGGAAGAGAGCAGCUUGUGGCCCAAAGUCCAAAAGGGCAAGACCUUGCUUAGCCAAACUGUGGCCGACGCCGUUGCAUCUUCGUGCAGCGAGACAGAGUUCAUCGCCUCCUUGUUUAAAGUCCUGGACACCGAUGACUUUCCGCUGGACCACAGCACCGACGUCGAACAGGCCGUUCGAUCCCUUAGGAACUCAAUUUUUAUCCCACCCCUGGGUGGUAAGGAGCGCCAGCAAGAAAUGGAAAAGGCCCGACAGCAUGGUCGCGACAAUCACAAUCACCCACCCAGCGCAGAAACCACAGAAGCCGUGGCCCGGCCGGAUGAGGUGAACGGGUUCGAGUCCGGCCUUUACGGGACCCAGCGGCAGACCGUUAUCCUAGUCGACUGGGAUGGCAAUGUCACGUUCAUAGAACGUGCGCUGUGGGACAGCCAUGGAAAUGCGAUCCCAAAGGGAGAGGGUGAUGAAAUCUUCAAGUUCAAGGUGGAGGGCUGGGAGGCUCGGGUAGAGUAA